GUCUGGAGAAAAGGAAUAUCGUUGGAUAUGAUAUCAGAAAAAGCCACAGACGAUUCAUCAGAGUUGAAUAAACCCAAUAUCUGGGCACGUAAAGCGAUCAUAGAUAGACGGUUUCAAAAACUUCUUGACGAAAUAACUCCAUAUACGGGAUUCUACAUAGCGCUGGGAAUCUAUCUUCUUAAUUUGUUUCUUUCCUUUUUGCAACCUAAAUUUGAUCCCUCAUUGGAGAUGGACAUUGUAGAGAGUAAUGUGGAAGAUGGUCCAUCGCUCCCGACGAAGGCCGAUGAAGAAUUCAGACCAUUUAUUCGAAGAUUGCCUGAAUUCAAAUUUUGGUAA